CAGCGCGACAUGAUGACGAGUGGACGGACACAUCAUGCCUAUAAAGGUACCAGUGUACGCUAGGACAUCACCCCGCAUAUGUACUCUAGUCGUGGUUACUAUUCUUUGUGCUUCUACCCACUGGCCAAGACGGUCAGAUGCACUGGCAUCCGGACAUGCAUCUUCCAAAUCGGACGCUGUUGCGGGAUUACGAGGCGCGCUCGGCCGUCAUGAUCUCAUCGCAUCCAGAAUAUCCAGAUAUACUUUGUUGAGAAACAAUGAAGAAGGCCAGAGUUGUCUGGUUCUCAUUCCAUUUACAGAUGCCAAGCCGGAAACGCAAUAAGCGACAGUGAUCUGAAACUAUAAUGAUAGGAUGGAAUCUGUCCGAAGGCACCGUCAAUAUG